AUUCCUUCUGAUCAGCACAGUAAUUGUGUGUGCCUUUUCCUGCGGGUAUUUCUAAGGCUUCCAAAUGCAAAAGUGAAUUUUAAGGAGGACAGCAAUGAGUGGGAAGUCUUUGCUCCUCAAAGUUAUCCUUCUUGGGGAUGGUGGAGUUGGAAAGAGCUCACUUAUGAACCGGUACGUCACAAAUAAAUUUGACUCUCAGGCUUUUCACACUAUUGGAGUGGAAUUUCUUAACCGGGACUUGGAGGUUGAUGGCCGAUUAGUGACCCUACAGAUAUGGGACACAGCUGGUCAAGAACGCUUUAAGAGUCUGCGUACACCAUUCUACCGUGGAGCGGAUUGCUGUCUGUUAACCUUUAGCGUGGACGACAGGCAGAGUUUUGAAAAUCUAAGCAGCUGGAGAAAGGAGUUUAUUUUGUAUGCAGAUGUCAAGGAACCUGAUAGAUUUCCUUUUGUGGUACUGGGCAACAAGGUGGACAAGAGUGAAAGAGAGAUAAGCACUGUGGAUGCCGAGACCUGGUGCAAUGAGAAUGGUGGAUAUCCAUACCUAGAAACUAGCGCCAAAGAUGACACAAAUGUGGAUGGAGCAUUUGAAGAAGCUGUAAGGCAGGCAUUGGCUGUGGAGGAGCAGGUGGAGCAUUCUGUGCUGGGUCGUACCAUAGAUCUCCACAGCAGCCAGAGUUCAGGGUCAUCCUGUUGCUAAAGUUGAAAGAGAGGAGAGGCGAAAAAUCUGGAAGAGCCAUUUGGGAGAUAUUGAAUGCCCUUACCUGAUGGGCUAGCACAACCAGAAGAAAAAGAAAAGUUCAAAUAUGGGUAGAUAGGAUCUACCCUGUGUUUGGGUCAGUCGUAUUUCAAGUAUAGAUAUUACAAUUAAAGGGACAGAUUAUGGUUUAUAUCAACGUUACAUAACCUCUGCUUCAAAAAAUAAUAAUUUCUAAUUGUGAAAGUUGUAAAGGUGUAUGCUGCCCACACUGAGCAAAGGGGAGUGCUACAAGGUGAUUCUUGUAUUGGAAAUCUAAAAGUAUGAAUGAAAAAAAGAAGCAGAAAAUGAUAACUGCCAUAUUUCUGUUGCUUUUCUAAUUUCAUCUGAUGCAGAUGGAGAACUAACAAAGAUCAGGUACAAAGUAAUAAAAGCAGCUUUUCUGAAGCUGAGGAAAACAGAAUGUGAUAGCAGAUCUGGGGAAGGAUCCAAAGAUUGGUUUAGUUAUUGGCUUGGUACUGAAAGGCUCAAACAUAGGAUCUCAAGGUUUUCUUAACUAAAUAUACACAAUUCCUGCAGCAGCUUACACACAGCAUUUAUCUGCAUCGCAAAGCUAUCGCCGGCUGCUCACUAUUGUGCAAUAAGUGGAGUUAUUUCGGUACAUUUUUGGCAAGCUCUGCUUCAAAGAGUUUAGACAGUAUUUAUCCGUUGUCAAAUAUAUGCUUUUUCUACCUUGUGUACUUCAUAAUGUAAUGUUACACUUGACUUCCAAGCGCACCAUGGUAAAGGAACUUUUUGAUGUGGUACAAUGUUCAAGGACAAUUUAUGAGCCUUCUGUAUUUGAGAGGAACUGUUAUUAGAAAGCCCUGUGAUCAUGCAGUUUGCAGUAAAAUGCAGUGGCCCAGAGGUUUUUGGUAAAUGAAGAUGGUUGCUAAUUGUAUCUGGCACGGGUAAGAUAGCACAAUAUAGAGAGGACACUCACAUGGGCACUCUAUUAAUACAUUGUAAUUAAGUGGUGUUUCUGAAAAUAUUUUCAUGCCAAUAAACAGUGUAUUUGUGCCGGUCAUACCCCUCUCAUGUAUCUGUUUAAUAUGUUUACAAAUUAAACAUUAUUUAAAUAUGG